AUGUCAACUUUCCAAGCACCGCCAAACCUCCAAGCGAUAUGGGACCUUCACCACCAGCCACGGAUGCCAGCUAUGCAACAGCAACAGCAACAGCAGCCAAGAGACGUAUCAAGUCUGCAUCCCGUAUUCUUCACAGGCCGUCUGCGGCCCGCAGCCGGCGCCCCCGUCGCUGCCGCGGUGAACAUGUUGCACCCCGUAGCGCAUGGCUACGUGUAUCGCGAUGAGCGGUUUGCGAGGAGGCCCGGGGGGCCAAUGUUCACAGACGUUUAUAACUACGAAAUGAAGAAGAAUCUUGGUAGCAAAACCCUUACAGAAGAAGCGGGUAGCAAAUUGUAUUUAGAUAGUGUGGUAAUACACCCGAGAACCCUCAAGCCGGCUUCGCCAGACAAGGCGGGAAAGGCGGAUAACAAAAUGAAGGAACCGGUGAUAAUCACCCCCAUGUUUUGA